CCCUUUGAGGAUUUAGGGGAACAACUUGGUAGUAACGGGCGACAUUUGACACGACCGACUUGAUGCCGAGUGGACGGACGGCCAACUCGCUCCCAGUUUUCACCAAAAAAAAACCCCAACAAAUUUGUUUUCCAAUUGAAAAUCACCAAAUCAGACAGAACCAAAAAAUCUUGUGGGAUUACCUGCGUUUUACAAUCGACUUUGCCGCUAAAGUGACACACAUUUCGUUCAAAAAACCUCCGUGCCAGUUAUUAUUUUUUUUUUUUAUUCAAAGUGUCGACCGUGUGUUUAGUGAGUGUUGAAUUUCCCGCCAAUAACCGCUCGUUUGAAAAUUUGAAAAAAAAGUUUGUCGUUUCGAUCUCGUCACCUUGUCUGCCCCCCCACCCAGUGAACGAUUGAAUUGAUGAUCAAAGGGGGUGGCGAGCGCACCAUGAGCUGUGCCCAAGUGAUGUACCAGCCGUACGUGCCCUACUUGUCGUCUUACGACCGGUCGGCGGCCGCAGCAGCCGCCGCAGCCGCAGCCGCCGCCGCAUCGGCCGCCGCCUCCAACGGAGAAUCACCCGAAAAGAAAUAUCGGCUGCAUCACGACGGAUUGACGGACACGGGGGCCGGCGGCUCAGAGAGCGCGGCCGCCAAUUACGCCAGUAAUUACCUGCUGCUGAGACCCAAUUACUCGUCGGCUUCGACAUCGUCGUCGGCCGUUCUCAACGGGCCCAGCAGCAGCAACACAAACACCUCGGCCGGAACGCCCGUGCCGGUCGGCUCCAAUCCGUCGUCUCCGGUGGCCGGGCCGUCGUCAUCUUCGGCCGGGACCAGCGGCGGAGUCCUGAUGCUGGAAAACGUCUCGCCCGUGGGCAAUCGAUCGGGAUCCUCCUCUUCGAAUUCCCAGCACCUGAUGGUCCAACAACAUCAACAUCAUUUCCAGCAGCAACAACAACAGCAACAAUCCAACGAGGAUAUCAAACGCGACUUGUCCGAUAUGUGCGGCCAGCAAUCGGCCGGCCAGCAGGAAAACAUGCAAACCGAUCACGACGCCGACGACUCCGACCUACACCACCAACACCACCAGCAGCAGCAGCAACAACAACAACAGCAACAACAACAACACAAAGAAACGCAGUACAUUUCGGCUAAUUGCGUCGUCUUUAUGAGCUACUCGGGCGACACGGCCUCGGUCGUCGACCAGCAUUUCAGCCGGGCCCUCAACUCGACUCAGCCGGAAAGCGCCGGCGGGAACAGCGGGUCGCCCUACGCCGACGCCUCAUCCGCCGGCAGCAGCAGCGGCGGCGGCGGCAACAACAGUCAGAAAACCUCGUCGGGGAUUUCUUUAGUUAAAAGCGGAACGUCAAUGGCUCAAAGGAGUUUCCCACCGUCGUUUUGGAACAGCAACUACCAGCCGCCAAAGUGUCAGGUGCAACAACUGCAGCAGCACCAGCAGCAGCACCAACAACAACAACAACAGCAACACCUCCACCAGCAGCAGCAGCAACAACAGCAGCAACAACAACAGUUGUACGGAGCGAUGGGGAGCAACCAGCAGUCGGCGUCGGCGGCCAAUCAGCAGCAGCAGCAGCAACACGAUCUGUUCAGUCAGGCCGAGGCCUAUCACGCUCACGCGGCGGCCCUCAAUCAUCAUCACCAUCAUCACGCAGCCGCCCAUCAUCACGCGGCCGCCCACCAUCACGCUCACCUGACUCACGCGGCCCAGUCCGACCCCUGGACACACUACUCGCUCAGCUCGCAGGCCUAUUCGGCGCAUAAUCUUAGCGGAGGUUACGCCGGAGUGUCGGGCGUGUCUGCGGCCACUUCGGCGGCGGCCGCUCGCUUCGGCAGCCACCACCAAUCUUACGGCUCUUUCCUGCUCCACCAGACGGCCAAUCCGGCGAGUCACCGAGUUCUUCCGGCGGCGGCUGCAGCGGCAGCGGCCGCCGCAGCCGCAGCCGCCCACUGCUCCAUCAAAUCCGAGCCGUGGACUUCCGUGUCUCACCACCGUUACGGCCACCAUCCUCACCAUCCGCACGCCCACCAUCCGGGCGAUCCGCUGGCUCUGACGGCCCACACCGACCUGUCGACGGGUCAUCACCAUCCGGCCAUCGAUGCGGCUUCCUACUCCGCCGGCCACUCCUACACCAACAUGCCACCAGGUUUGGAGGCUGGACAGGUGCAACAAGAGCCGGGCAAAGACCUUUACUGGUUUUGAUUGAUGACAUCAUCAUCAUAAUCGUUUGUGUGUGUUUUUUUGUUUUGUGUGGGGGAUAAUUCCGAUGGAUCACAUGACGCGCGCGGGACGGACGGAAGGAUCGCAGCAUCGAUUAUUAAAGACAAAAAUUUCGUUUUUUUGGCGCCAAUGAUUUCAAAUCAAUUUCACAUUUUAUAUUAUCCAAAAAAUUCAUCACCAUUGUGCGUGUGUGUUAUUUUCGUGUACGCGUUUACAUUUCUUUUGACAAAAUAAUUUUCUUUCUUUUUCUUGUUUUUGUGUUUUCAAAAACUUUUCCCCUCCCCCCCCCACACUCUUACCGCAAAAUUUCUUUCGUUGACGUUACCGGUUCGUAUUUUUUAAUCAAUCAAACCCAAAUGACGAGCUAUAAUAAUCUUUAUACAUAUACAUUACAUACAAUAAUAUGGAAAAAAAAACCUAAAUAAUUCUCAUGUGUGUGUGUGUGUUUGUAGUUUAUGGUUAUUAUAUUAAUCAGUCGAUUUUUUUAAAUUGAAUUAACGUUUGGACGGGAGAGGCAGAGACUAGGUGACAAUUAAACCAAAAAAUGUUGGAAGAAAAAAAAACAGCAAUUAAAAAUAAAAAGUUGUGCAAGUUUUACAGUUCUUUUUUUUUCACUACUACUACCCAUUUAAAAACCCGGAAAUUUCAAGUUUUCCCAGUGUUUUGUUUUUCUCUUAUCUCCGCUGUCGAGCGCUAAAAUUUGAAUCUGAUAUGACAUUCGGUUUGGCGAGCGUGGUUUUUAUAUUCUUAUCCUUCUCGUCUUGGGUUUGUUUAAUUAAAUUUCAGAAAACUCUCUCUCUCUCUCUUUCUAUGAUUUGUGUGUCUGUCAUUUUUUCCGUGUCUGUGCUAUGGCGAAACAAACAAACAAAAAAAAGAGGCAGAAAAAAUGUGUGUUUUAAUCGUCAGUGGGACUUUUUUUCGACUAGUCAAAUAAUGUGGAAAACGGCAAAAAGGAAAAAAAAAUCAACAAAAAAAUAGAUGGGAUAAUGACAUCACCACUACUUUUCCAACCAAAUAAUUGCAAUUAGAAAUUUUGAAAGACACAAACACACACACAGAGAGCGCGCGAUCCAAUCCAAAUGCAAUCACCAACUGUUCACACGUAUCCGUGUAGUAAAAUAAUCGUCGCUAUCGACAUUGUUUCCUCCUUCUUUUCUCGAUUCUUUUCUCAAAUCAUCUGUGUCUUUUUAAACCGUUGCUCCUUGAUUUCUUGAUCAAAAAAUUUCUCGAUUGAUUUCCCCAUAGCUCUACUUCACCUCCCCCCUCCAAGUGUGUAAGCCUGUCUUUCUCGACACGCCCACACGAUGAAUGUUGACACGCCCCUCUCAAUGACAACCCCGAAACUCUCCUUAUUAUACAUAUUUGUAUACGUCCUGGUUUAUUAAAAUUUCUGUUUGAAUUCAAAUUCAAUUUUUUUCUUUUCAAUGUCUGUUGGUCGGUCGGUUUUUUUUAAUUAUCUCCUUCAAAUGUGAAAUUGUUUUUUGUUUCUUUGUUAUUAUUAACUCCCCUCACAGCUGAUAGCCACCACCACCACCACGAAAGAAAAAAAAGCAACAAAUCCAAUAAUUAUCACGUCAACAGUGUGUGCUAUACUACUACUCCUACUACUACUACUAUAUAUUAUAUAUAAAUAUACAUAAAUGGAACUGAA